UCCUGCUAACCCACAGACCUCACAGGCCAGAGACCUUCUCUUCUCCCUCUGCUCUCCCAGCUCCAAUCUCCAGUCUCAUCCUCAGCUCUGCAGCAGGAACAACUGCCACAGCCUUCCCUGCACUCCGGUUCCCAUCUCCUGUGGAUCCCACAGAUCUUCCCUUUCUAACCGUUCUGCCUUAAACUUGUAGCCUUGUCCCAGCUCAUUCUUUGCUUAUGACUGAAACACACUGGCUUCCUACCAGGAGCGAUUCCAAGUAUUGUGGAAAGAUGAUUUCCAAGGUUGACUCUUUGUCAAACUGAGUUUCAGAAGAGUAAGUCUGAUUAGGGAAGGAAGCAUGCCCACACAUGAAUAGGGGUUAUUGCUCAAUCUGCAUUCACGCCCUGGUGGAAACGAACUUUCAGUUUCAGUAGCUCCGGAUGGUAGGAGAGAAACACCAUGGCUGACAACAUCCUCAGGGCAAAGAGGAAGCAGUUCAUCUGUUCAGUGGGUGCAGAGACAAUAAAUGGCUUGCUGGAUGAACUUUUGGAGAAGAAAGUGCUGAACCAGGGAGAGAUGGAGAGAAUAAAAGCUGUAAAUGCCACUGUUAUGGACAAGGCACGGGACCUGUGUGAUUCUGUCAUUAAAAAAGGGCCUCUGGCAUGCCAAAUCUUUAUCACUUACAUUUGUAAUGAAGAUGUUUACCUGGCAGGAGUUCUGGAACUCUCCUAGAAGUGAAGAUGAGAUCUGAUGGACUUCAGUCAUUUUACAGAGCUUCUUCAGGAGUAUGAGUUCUUCUUAGAUGAAAAAAAUCCUUGCACUGAACCAUGUCAUCAUUGGUUUUCUGUUUCAAAUAAAUUUCUGUUUUUUUUUU